AUGUCAGAGAGGGGUCACCGGCGACGAUCUCAGGCGACCAGAUGCCGGAAAGUAAGGACGCCGAACCCCUCUCCGUCGCCGCAACCCUCGCCGUCGCCGCACCGACGGAGCUCUCAACCUCGGCGAUCGCCCAGGCAGCACCACCAUCAUCACCACUCUAAGCCUAUCAAGAUUCUCAAGCGAUGCUCUUCCGAGCCCAUAUUGUUCUGCUCGUCGUCUGGUAGCGAUUUUGGGGAGGAGGGUUUUCGUGUUCGAGACCUGAGGUCGGAGCCGGAGGAGGGUGUUCUGUUCCGGCCUCAGACUUGUACGGACAUCUUUGCUUCGUCUCCUUCGUUGAUGAUGCCCUUCUCCCCCAAGAAGCACGAGGGAUACAUGAAAGAUGCAAAGGUGGUUUUGAAUGUGUCCGUUGAAGGAAGCCCGGGACCGGUUCGAGCCAUGGUUAAGCUGAGAUCUACAGUGGACGAGACAAUCAAGCUUGUUGUAGACAAAUAUAGCAAAGAAGGUCGAACUCCCAAGCUUGAUAAGGAUGAGGCAUUGUCAUUUGAGUUGCAUCAGUCCUAUUUCAGCCUUCAAAGUUUGGAUAAAUCAGAAGUAAUUGGGGAUUGUGGCAGCAGAAGCUUCUAUCUUCGAAAAAACAGCAGCAAUCACAGUAGCAACAAUGGAGGAUCAACUUCUUUCACCUCUGAAGCCGUUCCUGCGAGAGCAAACUCUCCUCCACCGUUGGCACGCCCUGUCUUCUUACUCCCGAAUUUUUUCGCUCGUAAACUUGGCAAAAUCAUCAGGAGGACGCAUAAGCUUUGGAGAAUCAUAAUCUGCAUGAAAUGA